AAAAUAUUUCUGAAGGAUCUUAACUUUCAUUUCUGUUCAAAAAUGCGGCUUUUGCUUUUCUACUUUUUUUUCGCUGAUGAUUUGAGUUGUCCUUGUCACUGAGGAAACAGGGGCCCAUACUCCUGUCCGUGGUUAUGGGAGCGAAUGAAAGUAGUUUCCAUGGAAAAGUGAAGAUGUCGGAGGUCGUUUUUCUGUUCUUGCCACUUCUUUGGAGGUCUUGGCGCAGGAACAAGUUUGUGAAACAGUUGUGUCGUGCUGCGACGGGCACAACUAGUACUAUCACCUGCAGGCAGCUGUCUAUGAUUUCAUCAUCACCUGUUCCGGGAGGGGCAAUUUGUUCAGCAUUUUUGUUGGUCAUCUUUGGUGGUUCGUUUAUGUUUUCCAAUCUGGGCGCCGCUUUCGCCAUUCAGCUCUCCUCCCAUGGCCCGGACCAGGACUUUUCCCCAUCGGAAUUGUCGCAGAGUAGAUCAAGCCCCAGUGCUGGCAGCCAACACCCAUUUCGACUGCUGCAACCGCGAGAAGAUCUUCACGAGGCGACGUCCAGUUCCAGACCGCCGCCGGCGCCCGCCCGCGCGCACCCGCUGCAGCUGUCGCGGAGAAGCAGCUCCGGGUUCGGCAGCUGGAGUGACUUUGAGCAGUUGGGGACUACAUCACUAAAUGUGGGACCACCGCACCAAGAUCUUCAUGCAGCCCUCCCCCCGGGGGAACGGUCGUUUUUCGGCGAAAGUUCUUCGAGUUCGGCCUCGGCCCAAGCAAUGCAACACCGACGGAGCAGCCGAGGAACUUCGUCGUCUUCGCAGAAAAAAACAAAGCACAGCUUUCAGCAGCACCACCUGCAGGUGCCAAGCGAAGGUGUGAGCCUCGGGUCUCUGCUGCGACAGUCGCCGGACAAGUCUACUUCCCUGAAGCACCACCUCCGGAAAACCUCCUCGACUACACACGGCAGCGGGCACUUGCUCACCGAGUCUGGCGUGUCCACGCAAUUGCCGGAUGAGAGCUUGUCGAGGUUCACACAGCUGGACAGCACGAACAGCUUGCUCUCGCCGACCCAUGGUGGUGCACACCAAGGCGGAGGAGAGUUGUUUUCCUCCUUGUCCAGCCGAUUUUCCUCCCGCGACCGCGAAUCGAUGAUGAUGAGCAGUACUAGAAGUACUGGCUCUCGAGAGCGGCCGAUCGCGAGUCUGAAUUCCUUGAAUCUCUCGACAGAGGGGGGUGGUCUGAUGUUUGGGUCGACGCAGCUGCCGCACUUGCAACUAUUGGAAAACCCGGACGAGUAUCAAAUGUAAAAAUGUCUGGGUCUGGAAACUUGUGAUGCUGGGUGGCGUCUCAUGAUGAGGCCACAAAUGCUGGCUCAGCAUGACAAGUUUCUGAGCUUCUAGGUGUUGCCUAUUCUGCAUGACAAACUGCGUUCUUGCAUCACAGAAAAAUGGAGCUCUUGGGCAACGUGUAGGACAGAUUUAAGAGUCAUGCCAGACAAGCAUGACAAACAUGCAUUCUUCCAGACCCAGACAUUUUUACAUUUGAUAACGAGGACAUCCUUUCCAGCCGAAGCAACGCGUUCUCCGAAAACAGCCGCGAAUCGAAGAUGCAACUGAGUGUGGGCGAGGAAGGUCGGGGGGAUAGUCGGAGCUCGGGAGGAGGUGGCACAGGAACCAUUUCUGGAGCAGGAGGGCAGCAGCGCGACCUACAACAUCAAUCACAGCCUCGUAGCGGGCUGCGGUUACCCGAUGUCAUCAUACCAGGAGAAAACGGCAGCACUUUCAACACAAUGUCGAGUGUGCGGACGGAUGCUCUUAUCGACAACUUCUACCAUGACCCAUCAAAUAGCCACGACGGCUACAUUUCGCCAAGACAGUAUCUCUCAGACGGAGGAAUCGUCCUGACGGCCUCGCAAGACAGCCUUGGUGGGGACGACGGAGCACUGGGGAUGAUUACAUCGGACCCCUGUUUUGGACUGCCGCGGCUCGGAGGUCCAUCUCGUGGCACAACUCUUGCACGAGGACCCUCUUCCAUGUUGCGGGGAGGUCGCGCGGUAGAAAGCUCCCCGAUCGAGUCCAGCACCCUUGCGGGGGCCAGUAACUACGGAAGUAGCAACCGGUUGACGCAGUCGACGGAGAGCUGCGGCUAUCAAAUGCAAAAAUGUCUUGGUCUGGAAUGUUGCCGGGUUUGUCAUGCAUAUUUUGCAUGACCCAGGGCCAGGGCCAGGAUGUCUGUAAUGCGCGUCUUAGCGUCACAGAUUUUUAGAGGGCUUCCUGAUGCCUACUCCGCAUGACAAAUGCCCUCUCCGCGUAGCACAAACUAGACUCCUCUUGCUGGUGGUCAUGCAAUGCAGAUUUUUUUAGAGUCCCAAGGUAGCAUCACAAGUUCCAACCUUCCAGACCCAGACGUUUUUGCAUUUGAUAGCGGCACGGUUUGGAGCGAAAACGACAACGAUCCGGGAACGGGUUCGUCGCCGGAGCUCCGGGGGAGGUUGUGCGGCGACUUCUACACCAACCUUGGUGCGGGACGAGAAGAUAAUUCCACUUGGGGCAGUUGUACAACUCUGGACGCGUUUAGGAGUACCUGUUGGUACCAGCACUGUCCGAGUGGGUUAGAGGACGAAGAUCAUAAUGUGGUCAACAGAUCAACAUCUUCUCCCACUUCCACCCGACAUUAUGACCAUUACAACCAUAUCCAUAACCAGUUCGAACGAGAUAAUCACGACGAUGCUCCUAAUCCACCCACUUCUCCGAUCGAGAAGUGUCUCAAGAGGCCGUCGCUGCUGAAGCGGGCGGCCGUAGGGCUGACCGGUCUGACGGCGGCCAUCGGGGGCGCCUGCUUCGUCCAGUCGCCCGGUGGGCAGCAGUUGGUCCACGCGUUAUCCUCUUCCAUGUUGGGUACAGGAGGAAAUCUAAACUUCCCCUUCGGAGCCGGAGCUGGGGAAGCGAACACGCGCUUGAACAACUACCCUUCUGUCGCGGCCACUGCGUUCGCGCGAACCAUGAACCCAAAUCCGUGGAGCAUCAAGGGGGCUCCUCGUGCAAAAGCGGCGGAAGAAGAUGACGCUGGUGGGACGAGGGGAGCAGGCUCAACCUCUUCGCAACAUCGACCUGACACGACGAGCACAUCAUCUUCACAGCGAAAGAACAUCAGCCACGACGAGCCGCAGUCUUCGUACCUCGCGGCAGCCGCGAUACAGCAGGAUGACCGCACCAAGGUGAAUGCAGAGCAGUUUGCGAAGCUGCAGUCGGCCUGGUCCGAUCUGGCGGAAUUUUCCGAGGUGUUUGGGAGGAACGGGUUCAGAACGUUAUACGAAAGCGUCCUGUUUCCCUGGGUCACCACGGCACGGCUUGCACAACAACCAUCUUCAUCAGCAUCAAGCGGAGGGAGUACUAGCAGUGUCGUAGACAACGACAACGGGUUCGUGGGGGAAAUGCAAAACUCCUUUGUUGCUCAAGGUGAACAACCCGGGAGUGGUGCAGCCGAGGAAGCCGCGAAGCAGUUGCGGCACUGGAUGCAGCUGUUCAGUUGGAUGAAGUCCGGGUCGGACGACACACUGGAGGACAGUGCGGCGACCGUCGCGCAGAUGAAAGCUCUGGACCAGCACUGGGACCGCUACUUGAGGCAAAACGCGUUGCCGGACUUGGUAGAUGAUGUUGUUCACUAUCAAAAUGAUCUACUUGUUCCGCCUCGAGGUCGUGGAGCUUUACGGGACGAGGACGCAACCACGGAUACUAUCAACAUAGAGAGCGGCCGAGAGCAGGAGCAAAUGCAAAUGCUGCAGAUCAACGAGGAUGUUGCGCUCUCUCGAGCGUUGGUCGAUAAUCACUUUUAUCAGCCGAGAAGGAGCACUUUGAAAAUAAAUGCGGCUUCGCAGCAGCGGGGGACAGGAGCACAACUACAGCACAGAGAAGUAGAUCGUGACGAUUUUUCACAUAUCAAGUGCAACAAUGUCUGGGUCUGGAAGAAUGCAUGUUUGUCAUGCUUGUCUGGCAUGAUUCUUGAAUCUGUCAUGCACGUUACACAAGCGCUCCAUUUUUCUGUCAUGCAGGAACGCAGUUUGUCAUGCAGAAUAGGCAACACCUAGAAGCUCAGAAACUUGCCAUGCUGAGCCAGCACUUGUGGCUUCAUCAUGAUACACCAUUCAGCAUCACAAGUUUCCAGACCCAGACAUUUUUGUAUUUGAUAUCACAACACGACCUCGCGGAGACCAAGCUCCACUCCGCGUUUACCGACCUGAUUUUCGCGGGGCGGUUCGUCGAGGUGGUGCUUUCCAAGAUUCUACAAAGUCUCCACAUCGAAGACCUGGACGCCUCCUCCUCGCCCGCCCGGCUGCGCUCGGCGCUGUUUAAAUCUGCGCCCGAGUUUCAGGAGUACCGACAGGACAGCGAAGAUCUCGAGCGGUGGGUGUCCUCGGUUUUGUUCGAGAACUCGUUGGAGCAACUGGAAAUCGUGUUUGAACAAAAGAAAAGAUCAGAUGCAACAACCGGGAGGACAACAUUGACCAUACAAGACAAGAAGGACGGUAGCACAACAAGUAAAGAAAAAAAUUCAUUACCGCUUCCCAGGCGGGCUGCACCGGAAGGCGAUGUCCAACACGCGGUUGUGCGGGUAGGAGAACAUCGACCGUUGAAUCUGCACCACGUAGCCACAGACAAGUUUGUCACGUUUGCGGAACAAAGAACGAUGAGGAAUAGAGACGAUCAUGAUGAACACCCCCUAUCUAGAAAUGCGGGUGACGAAUUAUCAAAAGCGCCGGAAAUAAAUACCAACUUUUCUGUCUUGGCAUCUGCUGUUGAAGAUCCAAGGAGCGGUGGAGAAGAUUCUUGGUCAACAUCUUCGCCGGGCAACAAGUUCUUGGUCAACAUCGCCGGACCGGAGGUUUGUGGGAAAUCCACAGCCUUACUGCAGGACAUUGCGUUGCACAACGUCGCAAAAAUCAUCGCAUCCGCGGACAAAGCCGGAAACCUUUACAACGCGGACGCCGCGGCACAGAGCUACUUGGCGGGGUUCGAGAAGAACCAGUUUUUCGUGGAGAAACAUGAGCUUUUCUUUGCGGAACUGGAGUUGUUGAGUCGGAAUGUCAAAACGUUGCACCUGUACUACUACAACCCCGAGGACAUCAAAAUAGUUGGAAAUGGUCCUCGCACUUCUAGUACUAGUGCCACGUCUACUGGUGCAGUUCCUUCUAGUAAAAAAGCACCACCUGCUUCUUCAUCUUUCUCCGCUGGGCAAGAAAAACCAAAUCAAAAUCUUUCUGCCCAAGACGAACUUGCGUUGAACACAUACCUUCAGACCCACCUCGGCGUUGCAGAAGCGCAGCGGAUCAAAAACCUUCUGGUGCUCACCAAACCCGCCUUGAAAUUCAUCUUGGAGGCCACUAGCACUUCUGGGCUGUUACCGUACGCAACAGACGCGCGGGCUAUGAAAGUGGUGCACAACUCGACGCCUCGUCCCUGCCGUUCCUUUGUAUAAUGCAAAAUGGCAACAAAAAUAGAAAUUCCCGCUCUAAAUCUGCAGGUCCAGCCUUGUAGUACACGUCAUACAUCGCUCAUGUAGAAGAGAGAGAGGUCUGCCGUUCUCUACUCUGCGCUCCUAUUCAUGCCUCGCACACAAGAGGGACGAACCAGGAGGGGGAACAAGUUGUGCCCUGGGAUACAUUUGCGGAGCUGGACGCUCGCGGAGGUUUUUAACUACGUAGCGUUGCGGUUCGGACCCUCGGGCGGGUUAAGGCAGUUGUUGUCGAAAGACUUCUUCACAGUGUUGCAGACAACCAGCCAGGACGUCGGGGGGCCAGGUAGAUUUAUUUUUACUAAAGUACUGUUUGAUUUUUGCUUUUGGUUUUUCUGUGCCAUCGGACAAUUGAAGCAGUCUUGGCAACACUGUGCUGUGCAUUUCGUGACCACGACGACGUGCUAAAGUGUUUUAGUCAACUGCUAAUGCAUCAAGUGCCCUAGAAGUAUCGGCAAGUAAUUGCAUUGAUAAUGAUAUAACCAUUCCAUGCUUAACAAUAAUAUCACGACAGUGGUCGGUGCGGUGCAAUCGCCGUUUGAAGUCGGUAGGCGGAUGGAAAUAGUGCAGAACGACAACCACAAAACCUUCGGCCAGCCGGCGAAAAAGCUCCUGCAGUACCUGCAGAAAUACCUGUACGCGGAGGCCGUGGCAGUGUCUCCCGCCCUCUGCGGGCAAGCCGUGCUGUCCGGGCUGCGGUGGGCGAUGCUCGGGGGGCACUUGGAGGAUCGGGGGAGGGCGGGGACGUCGCAAAAACUGGCGCUGGACGAGAUCGGGAAGGAUCCGCUGUGACAAAUGUAAAUGAUCGGUGACAUUGAAAAUAUGUUAGUUCUUCUACUGAACAUGAAAUAAAUGAUUGUUUCAUCAUCCAGAGUUGUGGGGUUUUUCUUUUUACCUUUCGUGUUUCAAAGAAUUUAGCUUCCAGCACGACCACUGCUAUGUGUCUGCAACAGGAAAAACAAGUUUCGGAUCUUUGAUCGCAUGAUGCGUCGGCCUAUUUUCACGACGCACAUCACGUAUCGACAUUUCGUCCGAGGAUGUUGCGGCAUUAUUGUCUGCCCAGCAUCUUUCAGAGCUUUUCUUUAUUCUGACGAAACUCAGAGAACUCAAGUACAACUUUUUCUAGAAACGAAUACAGUCUGAAAACCACAAAGCAAAUGAAAAAUUCUUGAAUUUUUACAUACAACUACAACUAGGCCGUGGCGGCCGAAGUUCCAUGGAACGAGAUCCACCAUAGUACUUGCGAGAGGACUCCGCGUUUUCAAAAAAUGAUCUCGUACAACUAGGCACAGUGAUG